CGCAUGGUGUGUAGGGCACGUAAUGGAUGGGACCUUCUCGACACCACAAAUCUUUGAGUCGAUCUUCUCGACACCACAAACCAUGAGUCCCCAAAUGCACAUUCGCUUGGCAGAACCGUUUCCUCCUUGCGCGACAUCAGUGCGGCAUUUCAACGGUGUGAUGACUACGAUCCACGGAGCGACCGCAAAGGACUUCAAAGAGGACCCCUGGAUGACCGUCGUCCCAUGCAGGGACGCGCAUAUUGACGAUUGGUGUGAUGGGAAUUCGGCCACGAUGGAGAGUCGCUACCCUUCGACAAGCCAGUACAAAUUCGCCAACAUAUUGGAGUUCGGGAACCUCAUCCCGCUGUCUGACGCUGUCCUCAAACACAAGUUCCUGAACCACAUGCGCAGAGCGCUGGGCUGCAUUAACCGCCAUUUCAGCCGCCUCGAAUGCCACUACGUCAGCUCGUCGCCACGAACUUGGGGAGGCUCGCGGAAACAAGAGUUGCUGGACUGCGCUCGUCACUGCUCGUUCCUGGGCCAGUACCCGCUCCGGUGCCCUGGGAAUUCUCCACAAGUUGUGUCAUACUGUUGUGUGCGAUUGACUGUGUCCGGGUCUGAUUUCGCCAGAGCUCUAUGUGUCGCUACGUCGAACAAGAGCACGAAACUCGUCGAUGCAGUUGUGCUUGUAUCACGCAACGAGGUGGCAAUCGAGGGGUCCAAGUUCGUGCCAACGCCCGGGCCUGAACGUGUAGAUGGGUGGCGAGAUUUGGUUAUAGCAGGGCCGGUCCAAAACUUUUCGUUGCUUAGGGAGGUCGAGGAGAAAGUGUCCGCCAUACGGGACUACGCUUCCAACCCCACUGCGCAGCCAUGUGGUCCUGUCAUCUUCAUCGAUGAUAGCAGAAGGYGUAGAGUGCUUGGUGCCAUCUUGCGGUGGGAGGACGCAAAGGGGGGCCGGCGACAUUUCUAUACGCAGAAAGUUUAUGGCGCCAAGGGCAACGUCGUUGCCAAUUCGAAAGGGACAUUGUUGGACCUCGAAUUGUGUGAGGGGUUCGGAGCGGGUGCUGUGAACACCCCGUUCUAUAGAGAACUCGUUCUCAGGGGCCGUUUUGUUUUAGCGCGUGAAUUUUUCGACAUGUUGGAGGACAAAAACAUCGCUCUAGACGUCCCCUGCGACGUCAACCCAUCCCUGGAUCUGUCGUUACCGUUGAAGCUGUGCAGCGGUUGCGAGUCCAGCGGGGCAGGGGCGGAGGGUGGUGAUCUGGGUUCUGAUCCCGCCACUCAGCUGCACCGUGGCGAGAGCCGAGGUCAGUUCGACGACAGCGAGGAUGAGGGGACUGCUCUGCCGUUGAGUGACACGUGGCGGUCUGUGUUGUCUAUUCCUGGGGUUCAGAUUGAUGCUCCUGUUCAGCGGAAGAGUACGAGGCCUGCAGUAUACGUGGCAGCCUAUUCGGAGGUCGACUUGGAGGCGAGCGAGGGACACGGUGUGGAGGAGGUGGACGCGGGAGGCCUGGGCUCGCAAGGAGCUCCGCAAAAGAGGAGCGAGGAUCGUCCAGACGAGUUCGCCGGUUCUACGAAGAAGUUAAAGAGCAAGGCCCCCAGGACUGCGGGGGAGAAACACAAGGGGACCGAGGGGGAGCAGGCUCGGCAGGUUGCCAAACGACCGUCUUCGAGACAGAAGCAGCCCGAGUCUGGACCGUCUUUUCCACCGACAACAGGGACUCCCAUCGACGUCGACGCCGGGUACUUCCUCGAGUACAAAGACGGCGUUCGGACAAAGCGGGAGUUCGACAUUAGCCCUGCGCAGGUCGUCGACCUCGGGGACUGGGAGGACCUGUACAACCAGCGGUCCCUGGAUCCCGUGCUCAUGGAAGGGAUCAAGGAAGCGAUGCAGUUGGCGUUCGAAAACAAAGCGCAGUCUUACGAUUUACCAACCCUGAAACUGGCGCCGCUGGGGCUUGAUAAACCGACUCCGGGGACCAGGGCAGAACGUCUGAGACCGGAGGAUUGGAGGGAUGAGCUGGCGGGACAAUACUACUACUACGCGGUGCGUGGGCAGCACAACGCGGCUGCAGCGAGGUCGUUGCUCGGCAGCGAGGUGGCCAGGAAAUACAAUUUCGAGCGGUGGCCUGCACGAAUGGUCUACUUUUCGGACGACGACUUGGAAGGGUACUUCCUUGUCAGUUCCCAGGACAGCAAGAAGGACCUGAAAUCAGCAGGGCGAGGAGGCCAUCAGGAAACAAGGCGCUGCCCUGCGUUCCUAUUUCCCGCUGGCGAUGGCAGGGGAGAACGUCUGGAAACUGGCCGUCAAGUUUUUCGAGAAAUGGGAGACAGGCAGAUUGCUCGGACACGACGGCGCAAAGUGGAUCAUGCGGAAGAAGAAAGUCAAAAAGUGAAGCCUGGGGUUGCAUACAUCCAUAAUGACAAGCUGGGCAGGAAGGAGGUCGUGUACAACGUCCCUGUGGAACCGCCGUCAAAGAAAGGCAAAAAGGAGAAAGAGGAGGGCGAGUGGUUCGUGCAAGUGCCAGAGCCAGACGCGCAUUGUUGGAAAACGAUGGAGUCGAUGACAAACAACGAGAAGUGCCGCGUCUUGAAGAAGGUGCUCGCUUGCGAGGUGGUUUGGGUACAGGCCGGCUCCUCAGCGUUGGCGAAGCUCGGAAAGCUGAGCGUCCAGGAGGUGGUGAAUUUGGUGAAGUGCGACCGGGUGCUGUUUGAGAGUCGUGGUUUGGAUGCAGAGUUGUGGGACGGGAGCACGAAAUACGUCACUGACUCCUCGCUGUUCAAGGACUGCCCGCCCUACAUGGGCUGCGACGACGAUAGAUUGAUCGAGGCGACGGAGAAGCUGGCCGGUCACAAGAAGUUGUCCGUCGACUGGAGGAAUAAGGUCCUGUCCGUGUUGACUGGCAGUAGACUGAAGAGUCGAGAGAUCGCGCUCGCCGAAGGCAUUGUGCACAUAAAAUGGAAUGACACGGGCGACGUGACAUCCAUCGCGCCAUUCGGCAACGACCCCUUGGAGGCAGACAUAAGGAGUGCGGAGGUAAAGGAGGCAAAGGUUGUCACAAAGAGUCACACGUUCGUCCUCGAUCUGUGCAAACCGGUGGACUUGAAGCUUUGGAAACCGCAAGCAUUCGACACUCUUAAUUCCCAACUCCAGACGUGGUGUCCGUCGCAUUGCACGCCCAUUGUUUUUGUCCCCCAGCAGCAGAACCUCUCCUUUCUAGCCAGCAUGAACCAUAUUUCUUUCGUCAAGCUGCUGGAAGGGAAGUGGGUGAGGAGGAGUCAACAGAAGAAAAGCUUCCCCGUCGGGAACAAUUUGUACACGGAAGACGACCGGAUGUACAUACUCUUCAAAGGCGACGAUUUGCGGGCCAACACGUCCGUCGUCUACGAGGGGAAACUGCCGGCAGGCGCCACUGCUGCAUUGCGGGUACCACAGAAGGUUACGCAAACGGAUGUGUCCGACAUCCCAUUCAACGCUUGCGACUGGUCGCAUACCUCGCCUGCACGUCGGGGCAUUGUGUACGGGGACAUGGAACGCAAUCCCGCCCAAUUCUCCCUUUAUUUCGUGGAAUCAGAGGAGGAGCUGACGUUCGGCAGUUACUCCUCCUUGGUCUCCACGGAAGACGAGGAGACCACCGGCAUCGAGUUCGACGCGACCGCGGACGAGGAGGGCAGCAACACCGAAAGCCUCGACCUGCAGUACGACCAACAUUYCKCGCAGCACGSUACAGGGUYGUCCUUGGCAGGUCCGUCSACAAGCCCRRCGUCCCUCSUGUCACCGAUGGCGAAACCGGCGCCUGGCACUACCCCGAUGAAGUUGCUGCAGAGAAUGCAAGCUCUGGCCUCCGGCCAUCGCUCACUGCGUCCCGGGUCUGACAUCCCGCCCGAUCAUCUGUCUUGGACGAAUGCCAACAUUCACUUCCUACCUGAGCCUCAAAGUCGUUCCACGGAGGCGGACUGGGGCCAUGACAUGAUUUGGCACCCAGGAGUCAUCCAGCCGGCGAUCCGAGAGGGGUCCCGGGGACCAGAAGGUGGGGAGAACGAGGGCGACGAGGCUCGGGGCGGCAAACGAGUCCCGGGGCGACAACAAGACGGUGACGAGGCUGAGGGCGGGUCUCAGGGCGACACCACGACAACGGAAGGCAGCGGCGGGGUGGCGAGGGAGGCCCUCAGGCGUCAGCAGUCUACCGGUCCCGAUCCGGAAUGCUCGGCACAGUCGGAGGACGUGCCCAGUUCAUCCGCCUGCUCGGUGAUGGCGGCCUUGGUUGCUCUCCGUGUCGGCUCGGUCGAAACGUUCAAGUCCGCCGGGAUCCGAACUUCAAUGCUUGCAGAAAGGACAGACAGGACGGACACGCAGAGCUGGUCAGGAGCGGGGGUGGCGAGUCCUCAUCCCAAAAUAGACAGCGGUGCUGUGAGGGACGGGACUUCGCCGCCUGCGGGGGAUCGCCAACCGCUUCGGUCGGAGCGAGAGGGUGCGUGUGGAGGGCCCGGUGAAAGGGAGACGACGAAGUUCGCGGGGAUCCGAACUUCUCCAGGCAAGGAGUGUGGAGGGCCCGGCGACARGGAGACGGCGAAGUUCGCCGGGAUCCGAACUUCUUYAGGCAAGGCGUGUGGAGGGCCCAGCGACAGGGAGUCGGCGAAGUUCGYYGGGAUCCGAACAUCUUCAGGCAAGGGGGGCCAACCAGGGAUAUUGGUGCAGGCGGGAGGGGCUGCGUGCGGCGGGCGGGAAGCGCAUUCAUCGGGAAUCGACACGRKUUCGGGCGAAGUGGCUGCAUUGCAUGCAGCGRAAGAAGGCAGGGUGAUGGACAAAGAGAAGGAAGUGGAGGAAGGAGACACAGGGGAGGAAUUGGAGGAAGGAAGGGAUGAAGGGGAGGAAGAAGAGGAUGAAGGAGAGGAAGGGGAAGAAACGGAGUUGGCUGGGUUGCUAGGAGGGCAGGAGGGGGGAAAAGGUGAACUCGAUACAGGAGACGACGAACGGACUUUCGGCGACGACGAUGACAGAUCUGGGGGGUCUUCAGACGGAUUCGGGCAGCCGUACGGAGAACACCGCGAGGAAGACGAGUACGACGAUGGCACGACACUGGGUAUGGAGACACAAGUGGUCACAAGCCUUUCGGCAGAACGUGAUGACUAUGACGUCCAAGCAAUGACGUCUGUCGUCGAUCUCCAACACCAGUUCAACGAAGCUCGUGUAGCAGUCAGCCUGACUAAACCGAGUGUGCGUAUUGACAUCGAAAAAGUUAUCGACGGCAUCCUGGUCGACCACCAAAUGUCCGCUCAGCCGUCCUCGACGCCUGGUGUCGACGACCCUUUCGACGUCAAACCUUCCGGGGGAUCUGUCGUCGAUUUCUCGCCGAUGAGCUCUCCGAUGCUGUUGCCAACCAUCGCCAGCGAAGGAGAACGCGGGAUCGGGGGACGACAAGAUGUCACAUCCCCGAAAAAAACUGCCGCCGGCACUCGAGCCCUCGACGUGCUGGCCUUGCCUGCGCCAACUUCGCCGAUUAAGGAGCGGAGAGACAAACCAGCUGUGCAGGCCACGGCACCUGGAACAGUAGUGACUGCGAUUGGAAGCUUGCGGGUUUUGGACGACAUUGAACGAGGCUUGGUGCCACCUAGCACUGUACUCUCGACCCUCCACGAUGUUAGCUUCUUUUUGCAACGAGAUGGCGAAGCUCAUCGCAUCGCCGGCCAUGCACGAAGUAGCCAUCAGAACUCUAUCCCAAUAAGCACGUUACAUCCCCACUACGCCGUGGCUCCACUGCGGAUGCGGGCAGGUCCCUUUCGCUUCUUCGUGGCGGUAGGCUCGGGAUCAACCUCCUCCUUCACAGGUGCCUCCCUCUCAGACAGAAUAAGCUCGAUGUGGCAUGGUGCUGACAUGUACGGAUUGAUAUGGCCUCGGUCGAAGGGAGGGAGCGCGAGAUUCGAGGACGCGACGAACUGUACGCAAGGUAGAAAGGCGAGGAGGCGGACUGCGGAGCUGAAGACCACGAUCAUGGCGCGCUCUGUGAAUGGUGUGGCGGCUAUGGCGGCCUUGCUUCUGGUCGCGGUUGUGUGUGUUGCGGUCCCCGCACGAGCGCAGCCUCCCUUGGUGACCAUCGACUCUGUCACCUACGCGGGCUCGGGCUGCAACUGGGACAAUACCAACAUUGCGUGGUCGAACAACUACAAGGUCCUCACCGUCAUGUUCGGCGGGAUGAUUGCCACGACGGACUCUGGGCUGGCGGGCAAGCGGAAGAACUGCCAGAUCUCGCUGGGCUUGAGCUAUCCCAACGGGUUCAGCUUUACGCUGGGGAAGGUGACGGGCCGCGGCUUCGCUGACAUUGGUUACAGCUCCACGGGCACCUAUCAGACGAGCUACUACAUUUCGGGACAGACUGGGACGUCGUACGCGACACGCACGAUCCAGGGCAAGUUCACUGGCAACUACGAGUUCACGGACGUGCUGCCGAGGGUCAUCUGGAGCAACUGCAACAAYGCUCCCAACCUCAACAUCAACUCGGAGGUGCGAGUGGAUGGAAAGAAGGCCGUCAUGACGCUCGACUCCUCGGAUCAGAAAUUCAAGCUCCUGUUCAACAUCGACUGGCUGGCCUGCUGAUCAUGCUCUCAAUGCACUCGUCGUAUACGGUUGUCGUCCGCCGGGCGGAGUCGUUUCGAAAAUCCGGUCUGGCAAGCACACAGAGGACGACCGCCCUUCUCGUCUGGUCGAGACUGCGCUUUGCAAUGUUACGUUGUCGUCUAGAGAGUAGCGGGUAGUAGCGAGGGCAGACGGUCCUUGGUUUUUGUCGGAGCGAGCGGGCAUGUGUGCUUCGCGAGCUUAGCAAGGUCGCCGGUUGCUCUGGGUGGUACCACCCGUCAUCUAAUGUGUAUCUUUCGUAUGGUUAGGUAACGACUGUUAGCUGGGCACUCAUCAGAUCUUUCGGCUAAAACGCAAAGUGUAAAAAUAUGUUUGGUGUAACAAUGGCUCCUCAACCCGCAGGCAGGCGUC